AUGGACGGGGACCCCAUGGGAUUUGGAUACCCGUGGAAUCAGAAUGUUGAAGACUUAAAGGUCCCUUUUGGCGAUGAGAGGCUACUGCUGGGUGAGAUCCACCAUACGCAUUGGGGACUCGACGGGCAGAACGAUGUUCUGGGCUUUGAGUGGACUGAACCUUCUCUUCCUGCUGCAAGACCUGCAAAGAAAAUGAGAAGCCACUGCCCCAGUGCGGCCGUGGAAACUGCAGGUUUGGUUAACGAGUCUCUUCCCAUAGGCGUUGAUGAUAUCCCAACACCGUCACGUCAUACCACAAACCCCGCACUGACGGUCUUGGAUGACCCUACUCCCACGCCGACUACUGACGCAGCAUUGCUGCCCCAGAUAUUGGAGAUAUUCCCUGACAUUAGCCACCAAUAUGUAGAGGAGCUAAUAGCUCGACACAAGGAUACGAUGUCGGCCGAUGGCGGUAAUACACCUUUUAUCGCUUUUGGGUUGUUCCUGGUCAAAGAGACAAUUAUCGAAGAGAUUCUCGAGAAUCCGUCUUAUCCAAAGCAGGAGAAGCUUAAAAGGAAGACCAAAGAAGAAGAUGAGGAUAAUGGCCACUGGACAAUACCUAGAACGCUUCAUGAUGCUCAUGAUUAUCGUAAACAAGCAUGCGACAUACUGGCACAUGAAUUUCUGUGGAUUUCUAUUCCACAUAUCCGACAACUCAUAUCCAGCAAGAAAGGACUGUAUUCAGCUUACCUAACACUUUAUCAGGAGUAUAUUUACCCAGGGACCCAAUCACCACACCUCAGAUUGAAGCGGCCAAGGCCAUCCGUGGAGUUAAGGAGGGCGUGGGGCCAUGACUUGAUAUCGGAACUAAGUGCUGCGAAAAGGAGGGCUGCGAAGGAUGCUGCUGCUCACCGAAAGCGAAAGGAAGAAGAGGAGGCGGAUAAGCUCAAUGAAGAGGAACACACACGAUCAGGCGAUCUUGUGGAGUGCCAGUGUUGCUAUUCCGACUUCCCCUCAAAUAAAAUGGUUCCUUGCGAAGGUGCAACUGUCCACUUUUUCUGCUUCAGAUGCAUCCAAAAAACCGCAGAGACACAAAUCGGAAUGAUGAGAUACAAGUUAGAGUGCCUUGACAUGAGUGAGUGCAAUGCCAAAUUUGCCCGUGGCCAUCUGAAGAAAGCGUUGGGCUCCUCAUUGAUGGGGAAGCUGGACGACCUUCAACAGCAAGAUGAAGUCGAGCAAGCCGGCUUAGAGGGUCUCGAAAGCUGUCCGUUCUGCGAUUUCAAGGGAAUCUGUCCCCCGGUGGAAGAAGACCGAGAGUUUCGUUGCUGCAACCCCUCUUGUGAAACAGUUAGCUGCCGUUUGUGCAAAGACAAAAGCCACAUACCAAAGACUUGCGAUGAGACAAGGGCAGAGAAGGGACUUCCCGCACGCCACGUAGUUGAAGAGGCAAUGAGCGAGGCUCUAAUACGAAAUUGCCCCAAAUGCAACGUUAAAAUCAUUAAAGAAAUGGGAUGUAACAAAAUGAUCUGCAGCAAGUGCUUGUGUGUGAUGUGCUAUUUAUGCAAGAAGGACAUUUCACGCGAACAGUACAACCAUUUUGGCAAGCCUCCCACUUACUGCGACACUCACGAUGAUCGCAAGCCGAAGCGCUUUGAGGCUGAAGUUGAGCAAGCCCAGAGGACAGCAAUUGACAAGGUCUUGAGGGAAAACCCCGACUUGGUGGAGAAAGACCUUCGAAUGGAUAGGAAGGAUACCAAGACUCGUUCAAAGCCAAAGCCCCGACGCACUCAACCUGGACUUUGGCCAACGGGGCGGCACACACAAGAGCCUUUGCCUAACCAGAAUCAAGACAUUCUACCGCAAAUGGACUACCAAAGAAUGCAAGUGCCGAGAGAAGCAUUCCCUAAUCUUCCGCAGUUUGUUCCAUUUGAACCCACAUUCGCUUAUACCGGCCCUCAACGUCCCCUACCUAGAUUCGAGCCUCAAUUGAAUCCACAUGCUGCUACAGCAAUUACCCAAGGCGCCAAUGGCUUUAUUCCACCUCGGCGGAAAGACUUCCUUCCAGACCCAUUUCCUUUAACGACGAAUAUAGAUAAUGCGAAGGCUACAGGCAACUUAAAGCAGCCGCAGUUCCCUGCACUAGGCAACUACGAUAUUGCUACUAUGCCUGGCCAGAACGCGAAUACGCCCUUGUGGCUGGAUGGCCCAUUGUACAACUUCUGA